AUGGCGGACGUGUCCGAGAGGACGCUGCAGUUAUCUGUACUGGUGGCUUUCGCCUCCGGAGUGCUCGUGGGCUGGCAGGCAAACCGGCUGCGGCGGCGCUACCUGGACUGGAGGAAGAAGAGGCUGCAAGACAAGCUGGCGGCGAUGCAGAAGAAGCUGGAUCUGGCCUGA